AUAUCACCGUCACAACCAAGUCCACAUUGAUAUUCUGGACUGUGAAGCGGAGGGGGCGGCAUUAUGGUCUUCAUCCUAGGGGUCAAUUUUCCUGAGCACCGCUUCCUUUGGGUACACAAUCAUUGACCGAGCAUGUGUGUUCGUUCUGCUAAUGUAUUCUUCGAACAGCGCGCUCUCGAGACGUUCUUCGGUGUCGGAGCCCAUACUCGCGCCCGCAUAAUGUCUCGAUUUCACCUGCAUGAUACGAUCAAAGUGGGCGAUUUGAGCCAGAAUCAAGUCCUAGAUCUCACUGCGCAUCUGGAUUCAAUGAAACUCGAAAACCAUUUGCGGCGACAGAUAAACCAGGAUAUUCAACGGUUAAGAGAUACUGGCACGUACAGAGGAAGACGACAUGCUAUGAAUCUGCCAGUUCGGGGACAGAAUACCAGAAGUCAGAUAAAGACGGCGCGAGCCCUUAACAGAGUGGAAAGAGUCUAGAGCAUUGACCUGCUUCUGGCUAUAAUCCAGGGAACGCGGCGCUGCAAGAAAAUGACUUGCAUUUCGAAGCACCAGCUCGGAGGCUGACGAUACCAACUUGUACGAAUAUCAUUAGAUUUGCGUGGCCGCGGCCGGAAGACCUUUGCAGAAAGCCCCCUGCUCAGCUAAGACCAAGGAAUGGAGCUGGAUUCGAGCAGACGUACAGGAUUUGCUCUGGGUACGCUGUAUAUUUUACGCACCUAAAGGAUCUGAUCCCAAUGCACGGCGCCAGACUCGGAUAUUUUGCUACAAACUGUUCAAUCAAUGUCCCAAUGGUCAGCUCACAAAUUCGUCGUGACGGUCAUGCUGUUACUGUGCACCAGCAAAGUCGGUGGUAAUCCGCCAACCAAGACUUCCAAAUCACUAAUAUAGCCCAGGCUGUCAGCCUCACUCUUGUACAUACCGUCCACCGGGGCUGGCAGCGUCGUGAAUAUGACGGCCGUGUCCUCGCUGUUUUGUGACGUCAAUUCGUUCAAUAUCAAAUGCUGUGCCCGGCUUGGGAGGUCGUUGAAGGACAAGGGGAUCGACGCAGCAGUUGGGAAGCCUGAAGUUGGCCGAGGACCGCUAUCCUCUCUUGUCCGUUGAUAGAUGGAACGACUAGCGGCAACCUCAGCCUCAUCCGCCUUCUGCCGUCGAGGGUGCGGAUCAUCCGCGAACAUGAUAGAAGGCCCAGCACCCUCCUCACUUGCUACCUUUGUCAACGGAACAGGCGAAGACGUGAAACUAGGCGACACGCCCCGUCUCGAGCUGGAAACGCGUAGGCUGUCUGCUGGUGAUCUG